GGUGUCCUGGGUCUUACGCAAACACACGCUACAGUCUGGGAGGUCAACAUGGGAGACAUCUCAGAGAGGACCUUGCAGGUAGCCGUGGUUGUUUCCUUUGCUGUAGGCUUCCUGUCGGGCUGGCAGGCCAACAGAAUGAGGAGGAAAUUCCUGGACUGGAGGAAGAAGCGGCUUCAGGAUAAACUGUCUGAAACGCAGAAGAAGUUGGAUCUUGCUUGAAUGGUUGGCUGUUGGUUCAGAGAAGCUGGUUCAACCCGUUUGUCCUUCUUCAUGUUUGGUUUAACCACACCUGGCGAAGCAAGUCUGUUCUUGAUACUCUCCAAGCUCCCCAAAACAAACCGUUGUUAAAAGAAAUAUCUGUUGUGGAUAUGUAAAAUGUAAAAGUUGGACAUUUCUCUUUGUAUCAGUGGAAGUUUUUCACAUAUGAACAAAUAAAUUAUUGUAUUUUUCUUUUUUUAUUGUAAA